AAUCUGCGAUCACCCUUACAAACACAAUGGCACUCACUCUAUCACUUAUAAUCUUUUCGAUCGCUUGAUUUUCUUAUUAUGGCUCAUUCAUUCCUAAUCAUGGGACGUAUUUACACCUAGUUACCCGGUUGCUAGGGACGCCUUAAACAGAGCAAGAUGGCUGCCAAACAUCAAAGGAUCAGUCAACACUACAGUGGACAAGUGAAAAAUCUUGUCCGAGACGGGUUUGGUGUGUAUGUGUAUCCAAAUGGCUUCUUUCGCUAUGAAGGCGAAUGGAAGAUGGGAAAGAAACACGGGCAUGGAAAACUUUUUAUGAAGGAUGGCAGUUUCUAUGAGGGUGAAUUUGCCAAUGGAGAAAUUGAAGGGAAUGGAUUGAGAUACUGGGCACACUCAGGCAACUCUUAUUCUGGGCAGUUUAAAAGCGGUGAGCUUCAUGGCUGUGGUGUGAUGCAGUACUCCAGUGGAGAGAAGUAUGAAGGAGAGUACUGCUAUGGACUACGAGAAGGGCAUGGGCUCCUCUUGGAUAAGGAGGGACACACAUACGAGGGCUCUUUUCACGAAAAUAAGAAGCAUGGAGAAGGCAUAAUGGAUUUCAGGAAUGGUGAUCAGUAUGAAGGGGACUGGCUGCUGGAUCAAAGACAAGGCCACGGCAUUAUGCGCUUCGCGGACGGGUCAGUUUAUGAGGGUCAAUGGAGGAAUAAUCUCUUUAAUGGUCAGGGGACAAUGAUACACUGCUCCGGAGUUGCCUGGGAAGGCUUAUGGAUAAAUGGGAGGCCGUCUGGUGGUGCGUCUAAAAUAGUGAUUGAAGGAGGGGACGUGCUGGAGGUCUUCCAGGGGUCCCCGUUCGCCGUGGACGUGCACCUCCAGACCGACGCCGGAGACAUGGCGACAGGUGAAAAUGGACGGGUUCUACAGAUUUGUGUUGGAGUGAAAUUUACGGGAUAUAGGCCGACAUCAUCUUCCUCAAACCUGUUGAAGCUUAUUGAAGACAUGGAGGAGAAACCUAUCCCAACACCGUUCGGGUUUGAGUUUAUUAGCUACCCUUUGAUGGAGAGGGGCUUUGAAAGCGGGGACUCCAGAGGCGCGGCCCCCCCCUCCGCGGCUAAAUCCGGAUUUGCGCAGACUGACUCGCCAGCCCCCGAGGGGGAGUGGGAGUCUGGAAGUGGAUCACACGGCCUGGGACUCGGAGGGGGCACCCCAAGCUACCUGGAUGGCAAGACAGGAUGUGGAGACCAGUCUGAAAAUGGGGGAUCCACCUCUAUCAUUGAGUCGUUUUCAGAAACGGGAAACUUGGCUCUGCCGGAGGAAGAGUCUCAUUCAGCCAAUCAAAGAGUCGAAGCGGGUCAAGCAAAAUUCCAGAACCUCAUGCUGGCCCCUCCCCCUCCUGACUAUAAGCCUUACUUGGUGAUGGACGAACUGGAGAAGCAAAAAGCUGCCAAGAAGCCAGUUGGCAAGGGCCCUUCAGAAAAACUGCCAUUGUCCCAAGAGAAAAGCUCCGACAGCAAGACGAGCGUGGGAUCCCGCGUCGGGACGACGGUGAAGAAGGAGGCCGCAGACGGCAGGAGCGUGAGGCCAGGUGAAUAUGUCAUCAUGGUGAAAGAUGUGACCAACCCCCCCUUCCUGGGCCACACCUUGCCCCCUGCCUUCGCCCUGCUCAGAGUGGUGCCCGCCAGGCUCAAGAGGAGGGGGAGCCGCGCCGAAAUCCCGAGGGUGAAGAGCUAGUGAGGGAGAGCAGUUAGCGCUAGGUGAGCAGUACGGGGGCGUGGCUGGGGCAAGCGGGAUUCACAGAGCUUAGACCCCCUCCAUUGCUUUCAGUGCUGUGUCAAAUCACAUCCUCAGUCAACCCUGAAUCACAUAUACCAGGAUCAUCCUGAAUCAAUUAGCCAACGUGAUUGAAUGAUAUGUAAAUUCUGAUUUCUGAAGUUUAAAGUGUUUUAGGAUUUCUCACAGUCAUUUCUCAUAAGCUGAAGUUCUUGAUCGUCCAAAGGUUUGAAAAUGCAUUGAUAUCAUGUACUGUAAUGUCCCGCAAAAGCAAACUCCCGUCAGCCUUUCUGAUUGGACUGAUACCCGCUGACAGCCAACAGCACUACCAGAGCUUGCUUUAAAAGUUUUGUUAUGGUCGAUCCACCUUACUCUGUUUUUUAGCAGUUCUGAAUUGAGAAUUGCUGAUAGGUUCCAAUUCAAUUCUUGCAUGUAAAUUUUAAUUAAAAUGAAAGUGAAUUCAAUUCCCUGUAACUCAUUGAAAUUGUUUAAUUUAUCGCUAUAAGCAAUGUUUACUUUGAUAUCAAUCACAUUUUGUCAUCUGUAUUCUAAAGGACUCUUAAUUUUAUUUAAACUAUUAAAAUUUGAUGUAUAAGUGUGUGUGGAGGAUUUUUAGAUUCAGUGUCCAUUUCUGAUUCAUGCAGCGAAUUCACAUCAAUUCCAUAAUUCCAGUUCAGGCUUGAAAACAUUUGACUGCUCUCAAGCCAGGUUAGCAAAUAUUUCAACAAAAGAGUCUGAUGCUGAUAAUGGCGGCGAUGAGGACACUGAAAAUGAUGACGGUAUCUUAAAUUAUUUAAGCGGCCUUUUUCUUUUGUUCGUUCCCGAUCUUAUCUUGUCUGCGAAGAGGCUUAGCAGACCCAGUAACGUCACUUUUAACGCCGCCUAUCUGAUCUGAGCGAGCCUGAAAGCCGAGAAGCUGGGAAAAUAUGGCCGCUGUCUUCCUCCUGUGGAAAAGCACUUUCCAGUGGCCUGGGAGCGGCCCGUUUCACCUCCCACGCCCGGCUAAUGGGAGUGCAGCAGCGGGACGGGGAGGUAUCGCCUUUUUGACAGCUCGGCCUUGCGAAAAGCCCGUAACAUCACACGGAACGUGAUACGGCGUUAUAAUUAAAGAUAUUUCUAUUAUAAUAUGACCCCUCCCCAUAGGUCCACAGCGCAUUUUCAGCGUAUUGGGUUGCCGUGUGACCUGCCUGCUCUGGUCAGACUCUAGCUAUCGGGCAUCUGAUGAAGCCGGCACCCUUAAGGCCUCUGUUUCACUGGUCUUUUGUUUUGAGUGCUUGUUUAGCCACCAGCAGAGCUGCGGGUUCGAUUCCCCGGUGGACAGAUCGGGAUCAUUUCCAACCUUUCGCGACACCCAGGAUCAGACACAGCCAUUAGAUCCCUUUGUCUAGUGUCGCUGACAGGUUGCACAUUUUUGGUGAGUGUGAGUGGGAAAAACACACCAAAAAUGUGCAUGUUGUGUAUUCACAGCAUGCAUGGUGACUUUCACUAAAGCAAUUACCUCCAGUCUCCUGCAUGUAGUGAACAUAUUACAAACUGUAUAGUGAUGAUAUUGACAUAUUAACAUUAAUGACGAGUGUACUGUUCUGAAAUGUGGACUGAUAUGUCUCUACACAUAUAAAUGUAGUCCUUAUAUGAUGUGUUUUUGUAUGCCUGGAAGGUAAAAAUCUUUUUAUUUAAUUUUUCAUGUCUCCACCAUCAUUAGUGUCUUCCUUCAGUUGUAGGGAUGCUGUUUUUGAUGUUUCUUUAUUGGGGAUUCUUGAGUCAAAAAGGAAAAAAGUGUCUUUUGCAGCAACCCCUGUUUUGUGUUGCAUAAGAGACCAUUGUGUACUGCCGCUGUGAAUCUAGAACAGAGUGGUUAAGACACUCAGGUAAAUUCAGUUUUAUUUGGAUGGUCCUUUUUUGUCCAGUGACACUGUCACAAAGAUGCUUUACCCUGGGAAAGGCUGAACCUGAACCCCCAAGAAACCUGCUAAAGAGACUCAAAAAAAACUCCCCAGUGCGAAGAAAAAAUGAAAAAUUGUGGCAACAUAAAAAUCUCCGGUGGGAUAGGAGGAGCCCCUCCUCCACUGGCCAGCCCGGUGUAAAUAGUUAAUGUUAGUCUCUAUGGUCACAUGCUGGUCAGUAGCGCGAGGCCUUACAUAUAGGCCACCAGGUUGCAUCAUACGUAUAGGUUUGAACUACAAAAACAUUUUUUAAUAAAAAUGUAUUUUCCAUGACAAAGACAUUCAUAUUCCAGUUUAAAGAGAAAAUGUGUGAGGUGGGUUGUAAGGGAAGAACACAAAUAGCGUAAUUUAAACUGAAGUGAACACCUCAACAUUCAAACUUAGUUUGCUUCGCUUUUGAGCGGCAAUGAGAAGUGAAACCUGUAAAUGGAGGUUUGUUUCAAUGCCGAGGAAGGAUGUUUGUGUUUUUUUUUCUUCUUCUUUUCCUCUCUCAAUACUCCCAAACGACUCACCUCUUUUGGACCAGUUCUCUGUGGUUAAACCUUCCUCUUGAUGUAAAGUAUACUGUGAUUACAGCACAAUGGCCUCAGAAAGGAUAAUUAGAACCCCGGCUGCACGUUGUCUCCUGCUUUUUCCCGCCAUUUCCGCUCUCCAUUCCGCUCCGGCUCCAUUCCCCUCUGUCGCUGCACCUGCCUCCAUUCUCGCUCUGUUCUGCCCCGGAGAGCGGAUCGCACAUUUCGCCUCUUCAAAGUGGAAUGAGCUCCUUUUGAAUAUCCCGUCUCCUCUUCCUCUUUGGCACCGCAGACGUCGGGAGCCUCUCGAAAAUUCUCCACUAAAUCAACACCUUUGGGGCGGAGUGCCCGCCCCCCCCCCGAGCGUCGCGGGUGGGGGGAGGCGUCGAAAAAACUUUUUCUGCUUUUUCACGAGGACCUCACAGAUAAAGAGCUCGGGAGCCCGGGGUUUGCUUGAAUGCAAAUGAACGCGUGUACACACAUGCACGCAGACACACUCAUGCACACACACACACAUACAUGCAC